CUGCAGCCUCCUCAUGGCCGUCUUCUUCGGGCUGGCGGCCGUCGUGCAGGUGAACGACCCCGAUGCCGGACUGUGGAUAGUUGUCUACCUUGUGCCAGCUGCCCUCACGCUGCUCGUUGGCCUGAACCCCUCGAUAACAGAUAAUCUUGUUUGGAGGACCCUCUGUGAUCUUCAUUCUGCUGGCUGUAUUGUUGGGGCCAUUCUCUUGGCUUAUUCUUUGUUUGCUUACACUCRAACAAACAUCUUGCAUGAAGAGGAAGGCAGAGAGUUAUCUGGUCUGCUGAUUAUUACAAUAUGGAUGAGCCUUUGCCGCAGUUCAGCAAAAGAUUUUAAGGACUUCAUUGAACCAGUCCAGCUGGUCUUGGCUAAAUCCCCCAUUAAACUCCACAAACUGCGGUUCUUUGAGCCCUGCAACAAAGAGAGAAGGUCAAGCACAUGCACGUGCACCCAGUGAAACUUCUCUAUUUUUUUUAUGUGGAUCUCUACACAUGA